AUGGCGGCGAUGUGGUCUUGGAGCACGGAGGAAGCCCGCGAGCACGUCCCUCAUCCACUAUUGUCGUGCUCUAGGACGCCGUUCUGGAAUCAGUUCCGCUCCGAGUUGACCGCCUGCACGCUGCCGCGACGAGGAGGCAGGGUUCACUUCGCAAGUGCUGCCAAGGCGUUCGGCCAAGCCCUGUACUUCACCCGUGCUUUCCUUCCGCAAGUCACCCGACUCUUCCAGCAGCAGGCGGUCUUCUUUGUCCUCUGCGAGCGUUAUGAGGAGGUUGCAGCUCGCAGAACUGAUUGGGCGAGCUUUGCACCGAUUUCGAAUUUCGAGCAGGAAGUACAGCGCAUGAUUUCAAUGCCCCAUGCAGAAGCUCCACCUUGUUUGUUUGGCUGGACGGCUGCUUUGCUUUGUGAGCUACGUGUGGAGCAGGCGGUGCUGUCGGGUGCCUGGCCUGAGCUUGAUGCCGAGCUUGAAGAGCUGCUUGCGUCGGAGGGCUCAGAGGACCUGGAGCUGGAGGAGGAGAAGCGCCAGGUCUUACUGGCGUUGCUGGCACGCGAUGCAGCCGCCGUCGCCAGACUCACGACACGCGGCCGCUGGGCUCUGCGUGGGCUGCUGCGCGGUGGGCAUCGGGCCCUGAGCCUCCUCGAGUCUUCCGGCUGGUGCAGCCUGGAGGAUGUCCUGGAGGCGCUGCCGGAUGGCGAGCUGGGGCCUGUAUUGGACAGCCACGCCGUCGCAAGAGCGCAGAGCUUUCUGAACCAGGUCCUGACCAUGAUGCCGCGUGGCGAUGUUCAAGGUGCGGAAGGCGGGAAGCCCGGAGAGUCAACCGCUUUCGUCACAGGGCGCAGAUCCCAAUUCCGGGUGUGGGCCACCAGCACCCACGCAACCUUGCUCCUGGAACCGCUCAGCAUUUGGACAAACCUUUUGGAGCUGGGGCAUUUGGAAGCCACGCUUUGUGUCAAUGGUUGUGUCGACACCCAUCUUCAUGGUGUGACCUGCGUGGAUGGUGGGCUGGUGAACCAGCUCCUGCAAAGGCAUUUGUCAACUGUGGAGGACUCUCUUGGGCGCUUCCCCUUGGUCCCAAGCCUCGAGCACUUCCGCCGCGACUUCGACGACAUGUUGGUUGCAGCUACCCAUUCCGAGCUUCACCGAGCGGAUGUGCUUCUGUGUGGCGAGCCCGCGUUCAUCUGUGCGCUCCUCGCAGAGUUGAACAAGACUGUGGUAGGAUAUGUUGGCAACCCGCUGGGUGCUUACUUGACUGCAGAUGACCAAAAGAAGUUCUACAGCUUCGUGGCACAAGUACCGCAAUUCACUUCGUCCAAAGGCGCUUCGCUCCAUUUGGUCUUUAUGGCGCCUCCCAUAGCAGCUCAGGGCUACUGGCAGACGGGAGUGCGAAUGCCAGUCGUGAGGCCAGUGGCGCGGUACGCUUCGGUCGCUGGCCCUUCAGCUCCUUCGCAGCCCGCACCCAGCCAGGACGUGCUCAUCACCAAGCAGGUCUUCACGUUCUGGGACUUCCAGUGCCUGCUCAACUCAGCUUUGUCAUCUUGGGGAAUGCCGCCGAAGUGGAGCUUCCGCUACAUGACGCACUUGAAGGACCGAUCUUGGCGAGCAUGGGCAUCGUACCGUGCGGCAGUCGUCCUGCCCUAUGACCCACAGACGCUGGUCUUCUACGAGCUAUACAGCAUGGCGGUCCCCCUUCUGGUGCCCAGCAAGGCACUGCUGCCGCUUUUCUUCGCGCGGAGUUACGGCCAGGAUGCCAGCGUGGCGAUCCAGAGACAAGGCUGGCGCUUGCGGCGCAGUGGCUCCGCCUGGGGAAGGUGGCACGAGGAGGCAACGUACAACGAGCUUCGCUGGUGGGCGCUCCUCAGCGAUAUUGCUCAGCUUCCCCACUUGCUGGCCUGGUCCUCCUUGGCCGAGCUGCUGGCCCUGCUCACCAGCCCUGCUUCGGGGCGCACUUUGGCCGACACCUCCAAGGCCAUGGCGGAGGUCACAAAGCAGAACUGCUGGAGGUCGAUGUCGUUCUGGAAGGCGACCUUGGCAGAGAACCUGUUCGCUGGAGCAAGUUGA